AUUGCUGGUUUUCAGUCUUAUGCUUUUUAUUAUUUUUAGAUGAUCACAGUGCCAGAGGUACACGUUUGUUUCUGUUUUGCCAUGUACUAAUUAUAACCCAAGGUUAAAAGAUUUAGACAACUUCCUUCCUUCUCUUCUGCAGGCAACACUAUUUAAGAAAGAAAAAACAGUGACUGAAAAGAGAAAUACUUUGAUUCAUCUUAAAGACACAAAUCAAUACCAAAGUCUGUAUAAGGAAUGUUUAGAUUUUAUUUCAUGAAACUCUAAGGAUUUUAAUAAUGUUGUUUUUUAAAUUAGAAAAUCCAGCAUUUAAGAUUGUUCUUCCAUAGUGAAAAAAGUAUAUGCAAGAAGCAGCUGGGCUUCACAAAAAGAGGUAUGUGAAGAAAAUAAUGUGAAGAUCAGACUUUUCUUUCCAAACUCAGUCAUUUUAUACAACAUCAGAAUCAAAUUUUAUCAUUCCCAGGAAGUAUUUGAGAGAUUCUUCCAUAUUCCAACCUAUUACCACAAGUUGCCUUAAGGCAAUCUUUGCCUCUUGACUAUAUUCUGUAACUGUCUUUAAGCAUGCAGAAACUGAAUUGCUGUAAAACUGCAUUACCUUGUCAUGAGUUUGAAAUCCUUGGGAAAAUUGUGAUAGUGUUACAUCUAAAAUUACUUAAAAUAUUUAAAGUUUAAAAGGGUCUCUCUUUUUUUCUUUUUUUAAAUUUUUUUUUACAUUAUAAAGAAAUCCCAUACCAAAUUACUCAUAAAACUGUAACAAGCACUAUAAAAAUGUCAGUAUUAACCAACAAUUAGUAUACACACACACACACAGAGAUAUAUAUAUAUAUGUGAUUUAUGUCUUGUUUAAAGAUAGGGAAAUUCUGUAUGUUACAACAUAGACUACUGGACUUCCAAGUGGUUUUUUUGAUGUAGUUCAGUAUCUUCAGGGAGUUCUCUAGAACACAAAUACUCUAUAAUAGGACAGCCAAUAUCUAUGACUAAGGGUGGGUUAAAAUUAAUUGCCUGACAUAUGAACCAAACUGAACAGUGAUGUGAAUCCUUCAGUGCUCCACUGUGCUGCAGUGAACUACACUCCUGCCAGAAUCCCUAAAAUACUGACUUAACGCUGAAUAUGCAACCAUCAAUCUUCACACUCUUGACCCUUCCCCAACAUAUUUUUUCCUCAAUUCUCUUCCCAUCCAUUCUUAUCCCCAGCAGAACGCAUACAUUGCAUUAGCGUAGAGAAGCUCAUAAAAAACCCCAACAUACAAAAACAGCCCUCUCUCCCGGCCAAAAAAAUCAAAUCAAACAAGCAAUAAAAAAGCUCUCCACGUGCUGCUUUGGGUACAGCUGAGAUUUCCCGCCGGACUCUCUGGGCUUAUUGAUCAGAGGCUUGAACUUUUCACCCCUUUGGUAGCAGGGGCUGUCUGCCCGCGGGGGUGACAGCAGCUGACAUCAGCCGUGCGGCUCCUUCCCCGUUAAUGUCUGCAUGCUCAGAAGGCUGCUGUGAUCACACAGCCUUUUCUGAUUCGCAAUAACCCAAUCGGUCUGAUUUACACAGACUUCAGCCCUCCUGCACGGCGCUUUCGAGCCCGGGAUCUGCCGAGGUGCGGCUUCUCCUCCAAGCACCGAUCCCGGAGCAGCAGCAGCAGUGUCCCAGUGUCCCUCCAGCACCUGGAAAAGCUCAUACGCUGAAACACGGGGGUGAGCCAGCCUGGCGAGCCAGAAGCGCUGCACCGCUGUGCUGUGUGCUUGGUACAGAAACGGCGGCUACACACAAAGUUGCUCGGUGCCAUUUUAAAUGGAGCUGGAAGCCGCGAAGGCAGGGGACCGGCGGAUUUUUGUGCGUGCUUUGUGUGAGAUGCGCAGAGCGGUGAGACACCGCAGCCCACCCGCGGCAGUCCCGCUGCACGGCUCCUGCAGGGCUCCUUCAGCCUCUGGAGUGCCAGGACACUGCUGCCCGCACCUGCGGGCCUGGCUCCGCCUGCGAAUGGGAAAACGGCUCGGGUUGGAAGGGACGGUAAACAUUAUCCAGUUCCAAUCCCUCAGCCAGGGCAGGGACACCUUCCACUACACCAGGCUGCUCCGAGCCCCAUCCAGCCUGGCCUUGAAACUUCCAGGGACGGGGCAUCCACAGCUGGGCAGCCUGUGCCAGUGCCUCACCGCCCUCACAGAGAAGAAUUUAGUCUUAGUAUCUAAUCUAAGCCUACUCUCAGUUUGAAGCCAUUGCCCCUUGUCCUGUCACCCCAGGCUCUUGGAAAAGGUUCCUCAGCAGCCUGUGCCCUCCGGGCACGGCCGUGCUUAAACCACCGCUCCCUCAGCAGACCGUGACUACAGUCCGAGCCUGCGGACUCGCUCGGUGUCCGAUCCGUGCCGGGCUCUUCAGAGCCCGCAGGGACCGAGAGCCCCGAGCGGCCCCGGGCUCCGAGCAGCGCAGCGGCCACCGCGGCCCCAACGCCGCCUCAGCGGAAGCGGCUGCGCCGCCGGAACCGGCGGACGUGACCUCACGGCACGGCCCCUUCCCAGCCCUCCUCGCCGCGUCUGGCCGCUGCCGGUCGGCGCCUGAGGAGGAGGAGGAGGAAGGAGGAGGAGGAGGAGGAGGAAGGCGGGCGGGACGCGGGAUGCUGCCGGCGCAGCUCGGGCGCGCGCCGCGGCACCUGCUGGUGUGCGAGCGGGGCCACGCGCGCCACCCGCGCUCGCGGCACGCGGCGCACGUGCGGGAGCACGCCUACAGCUGCCGCGUGUCUUUUCUGAUCCCGGAAUGUGGCCUGCUACCUGAAGUGCUGAAAAGCACAAUUGCAGAUUUUGGAGAGUACUACCUGGUGAGGAAUUUACCUGUUCAUGAAUUGGUUGCUCAUGAAUUCAUUGAUGCUUUCGUGAAGAAAGGUUCAUGCUAUGCACUUACCUAUAAGACAAAAAUUGAUCAAGAUAAUACUGCAGCUCUGCUACCAAAUGGUAAACUAAUUCUUUCAGUGGAUAAGGAUACUUAUGAGGAGCUUGGACUGCAAGGUCGCCCUUCUCGGUAUUCAGGAAAAAAAGUAAUGAGAUAUAUUGUCACUAUUGACUUGACUGAUGCUGGCUUUCACCCUGAGAGCAAGAAACAUAACAGAGUGCUUUGGGCCUUGAAAGAAAAGAAACCUUUAGAAUUUGACUUCCUACUGGCUUGGUAUAAUACAGGUGCAGAGGGAUCAACAUUGAUGUCAUACUUUUCAAAAAACCAAAUACAGGCCCUGAAGCCAAAAAUAACAUUCAGCACCUUAAGGGACUUGCAGUGUCCAGUGUUACAAAGUAAUGAUCCACAAGGAAAACCAGAGGAGUCCUGCAGUACAGAGGAGCUCUUUGAAUGGCUGGGUGCUGUCUUGAAUCAAGUUAACUUAGACAACAAAUCCUCCAGCUUCUUAUCAACCUAUUGCUGCCCUGAGCCCAACACAGUGGUGGAAAAAGCUUUUUUGUGCACAAUCACAGGCUUUAUAAUUCCAGAGAAGAUUAUUCAGUUAUUGGAGCAGCUGUGUUGCUAUUUUGGUGAACCAAAACUGGCAUAUUGGCUGACCUUAACCGUGCAUGGCUUUGCAGACAGCCCUGUUUCCUGGAGAGAAAAUGAACAUGGUUUCCACAAAGGAGGAGAGAACUUGUACAAUUUUGUCAUUUUUAGAAAUCUGGACUACUGGCUUCAGAUGGCUGUAGGAGCUCAUGAUGAUUGCCCUCCAUAAAGCUAUGUCCACAGAAGAAGUUCUCUAAUAAUCCCUAGUUACUCACAGAAAACUAAUAAAGUGUUUUUUGUACAAGUAGUAAUGUAACAGA